UAAUAGGAAAAGUCGAUAUGGUCGCUAACCUGCUGCUCUGUUGCUCGCUGGCGUAGCGUCAACCAACGCUACAUAUGGACCGAAUACUACUGCUAAAUAUGAAGCCACACUGAAGUCUCAUCUGUGUAAUUGUGCAAAUGUCUUGAACAUGGCAGCGGUUGUUCGGGUGGCGGCUUUAGUUUUAUACCUGUGGAGUGUUUUCAUGCAGUUCAGUCGCUUGUCAGGUCUUGGGAUCAACGAACUGUUGUAUUUCCGGGUCAUCAGUCCAGAGGAGAUAGGGUACAUCUUCAGUGCAGCGCCUGCUAAAGACUUUGGAGGAGAUUUUACGUCAUCUUAUGAGGAGAUUUUCUUGGUACCUGCAGAUCCUGCAGAUGGUUGCUCAGACCUGAAGGAUAGAGAUAUAAUUCAGGGACAAGUGAUCCUGGUGGAAAGGGGAGGUUGCUCCUUUGUACAGAAGGCCCGACAUGUGGAGGAAGCAGGAGGCAAAGCUGUUCUGAUUGCUGAUAAUGCAGUGGACAAUGACAGCCAGUACCUUGAUAUGAUCACUGAUGGAACCACUGCCAAACCAAGCAUACCUGCACUGUUUCUGCUGGGACGUGAUGGGAUGAUGAUCAGACGAUCUCUUCAGAGACAAGCACUGCCCUGGGCUGUCAUCUCUAUUCCUGUCAAUGUUUCCUCUUUGGCCUCAUUCCCUCUGAAGCAGCCGCCAUGGACACUGUGGUAGAAGUGACGCGCACCUACAACUUCAUCCACCUCCUCACUCAAACAACAUUCUUUCAUCAGUGCAUAUCCUAUCAGCAGUGAAUAAACUCACAGCCUUCCAGGGAAAGUCUUUGGUGGUGGUUAACAAAUUCACAUGCUUUACUGGUGAACCAAUAAAGUUAAUAUAUGUACACAUGAUAGGCACAUAGGCAAAGGCAUGUAGAGCAAACCUCUUUGCAGACCUCCUUGUUGGAGCUGUUGUACCAGGUAAAAACAGGUGAACAGAAAACAUGCAUGCUUAUGUUCAUUACUUAGCUUAGUUUGAUUCAUUAUCAAGUGGUCAUGAUAAUGGUGUGUCUUCCAGUAGAGCAGUCUUCAUGAACUUAUGUUCAGAUGAUCUGCUGAUUGCUAGUGAGUGGUGAAACUGUAAAAUCCAAUAUGUAUUAAUACAACACAUACAGACUGAAGUGCACCAUUUCUCCUGCCAUGUCUAAUGACACGAGUGAUUAUGUAGGCCACUAUGGGAAAGAAACCACCCCGACCCACCACCCCCAAGAAAAGAAAAGAAAAAAAACUGCAAUACAGCAUACUAGGAAUUACGUCUCACUGUAAAAAUGUAAAUAAAUUCCUGUUUACUUGCAUGAACUUUAACUGAGUAGUUGAGUGAUCAGAAUGAACAUUCUUUUUUCUUAUGGUAAAUAAAUAUAAAAUUAAACUUUUGGCAUAACAGACA